CUCGCGCCGGCCGCCGCCGAACAGGCAGCAGCGGCGUCAGGGCCGUCCGGGGGCGCCGCCGGCAAUGCCCGCAGUCCUAGCUGAGCCCCGCCGGGCCUGCUGAGCCGCCCCCGGGCCGGGGCCGCGCCGGGUCGGUUCGGGCCGCGCCCAGGCGGGGCCGCGCUGCCUGCAUGACCCUCCGGCGGCGCGGGGAGAAGGCGACCAUCAGCAUCCAGGAGCAUAUGGCCAUCGACGUGUGCCCCGGCCCCAUCCGGCCCAUCAAGCAGAUCUCCGACUACUUCCCCCGCUUCCCGCGGGGCCUGCCCCCGGACGCCGGGCUCCGCGCCGCUGCACCUCCAGACGCCCCCGCGCGCCCGGCCGCGGCCAGCGCGGGUCGCCGCAGCCCCUCCGACGGCGCCCGCGACGACGACGAGGAUGUCGACCAGCUCUUCGGAGCCUAUGGCGCCAGCCCCGGCCCCAGCCCCGGCCCCAGCCCUGCGCGGCCGCCCGCCAAACCGCCCGAGGACGAGCCGGACGCCGACGGCUACGAGUCCGACGACUGCACCGCCCUGGGGACGCUGGACUUCAGCCUUCUCUACGACCAGGAGAACAACGCCCUCCACUGCACCAUCAGCAAGGCCAAGGGCCUGAAGCCGAUGGACCACAACGGGCUGGCGGACCCCUACGUCAAGCUGCACCUCCUGCCCGGAGCCAGUAAGGCAAAUAAGCUCAGAACAAAAACUCUUCGAAACACUCUGAACCCCACGUGGAACGAGACGCUCACCUACUACGGGAUCACGGACGAAGACAUGAUCCGAAAGACCCUGCGGAUCUCCGUGUGCGACGAGGACAAAUUCCGCCACAACGAGUUCAUCGGGGAGACGCGGGUGCCCCUGAAGAAGCUCAAGCCCAACCACACCAAGACGUUCAGCAUCUGCCUGGAGAAGCAGCUGCCGGUGGACAAGUCGGAGGACAAGUCCCUGGAAGAGCGGGGCCGCAUCCUCGUCUCCCUCAAGUACAGCUCGCAGAAGCAGGGCCUGCUGGUCGGCAUCGUGCGCUGCGCACACCUGGCCGCCAUGGACGCCAACGGCUACUCGGACCCCUACGUGAAAACGUACCUGAAGCCAGAUGUGGACAAGAAAUCCAAGCAUAAGACAGCGGUCAAGAAGAAAACGCUGAACCCGGAGUUCAACGAGGAAUUCUGUUACGAGAUUAAGCAUGGGGACCUGGCCAAGAAGACCCUGGAGAUCACCGUUUGGGAUUACGACAUUGGAAAAUCCAACGAUUUCAUUGGGGGCGUGGUUCUGGGCAUCAAUGCCAAGGGCGAGCGCCUGAAGCACUGGUUUGACUGCCUGAAGAACAAGGACAAGAGAAUCGAGCGCUGGCACACGCUCACCAACGAGCUCCCAGGGGCCGUGCUCAGCGACUGACCCGGCCUGCCCACCCGCCACACCCGCCCCUGCCCGCCACCUGGCUCAGCGCCGGCCUGGCCCUGGGCUUCCUCAGCUGCCGCUAAGGGCUCCCACGGCGCCUGCCCGGACACAGAGCCACUGCAGCCCCUGCUCAGAGGCCAUGGAGGGCCCAGCUCGUCCAAGGGACGGCGGGGGCAGAGCUGGGCCAGCUUUCGGCCCCCUGGGGCCCAGGAGAGGCCAAAGGUGGGAGGAGAGGACCUUAGCCUAAGCACACCCAGAGGGAGUGGAUGGGGCCAUCCGGAGGACAAGGACCCUACCAGAGUCAGCAGGGAGUCGCUGGGGACCCCAGGCUAAGAGACAGGGGUGCAGGGGCGCCACCAGGGCAAGGGGCGGUAGACUUUGGGCAAAGGCAGGACAGGACUCGGACCCAAGUUCAUCCCCCAAAGGAGGUCCUGACAGCAUUUGUUCAUCUUGGGUGCGACUGGGCGGGUAGGAAAGAGAGGACCCGAGAGCUAGGAGGCUGGGGAAGUCCUGGAGCUCCCCGUGAACGGGGGCCAGUGCUCCUGGAGGUGCCUGGGGCUGUCCCCAGGGAGAUCCCGUCUAGUCAGGGACUUGGAAGCAAACCCUUACAGUGAGGUGGCGAGGAAUGCCAAGGCCGGCCUGACCCACCUGCACGGCUAUGGAUUCUGUUGGCUCUACUGGGAGAGCAGGAUCAGCUUCCCCAAAGAGGUGAUGCUUCAGCAAGGCCUUGAAGGGUAGGUGGGGUUUCUAGGCAGCCUGAGGGGGAAGGGCAGAGCAAGCAAUGGAAAAGGGACUCAGGCCAGGGUCUCUCUCUCUCUCUCUCCCAGGGAGAGCAGCGGGGCAUGGGGCACCCAGCCCUGCUCCCGCCCCAUCCCUAGCUGCCAGGCCAACCUGGGCUUUGGCUUAAACAGUGUCAUGAAACUGAUGUUGGGGCAGGGGCAAGUUCAGUUCUCAGACUCGGCUCUCACCUUUGAUCGCUCUCCUGCUGAGGAAGCUGGAGGGUGGAUCCUGCCUCUGAGCGCUCCUAGCUUAAGCAUCAGCUCAGCUGUGGUCAAAAGAGAAAGAGCACCUUGAUCUUUGCAUGAAAAGAAUCGAGACGUCCUCCUUGUCCUCAUGCUCCUCUCCCCUCCGCCCCCGCCCCAGGGCCCUUCCGGGAUCAGGGUUGGGAAGUAGGGGGCCCCCAGGGCUGCUGUGCAUCCUAGCCCUACUGAUGUCCCUUCCAGGAGGACCCAGACACAGUCCAGGGGCUCGUUGCUGGGAAAGCCUCUGGGGCUGCCUCUGCCCUCCAGGAGCCAAGAGAGCCACCCUGUACCCCAGGUCAGGGUCACCAGGAAAAAGUUGAGGGCGUCAGAAUCUUGGGCCCAGGCCUGAAGCUCCAGACGUUUCCUGCCAACCAAGGGGUCUCCAGGAACACUAGAUGGACAAAUACAGAACCCAGGAAUUUCCACGUUCAACCCAUCACUACACGGAUGGGAAAUGGAGCCAGAGAGGGAAAGUGACCUGCCCGAGGCCUUCCAGUCCUGCCACAACUGGGGCAGACCAGGGCCCAUGGCCCCGGCCGCGCCCCCAGCCCAGAGCGCCAGACACCACACUUCAGGGGGAAUGGGGUGCUGGGCUUGCACACAGGAAGCCCUGCUAGCUGCCUGCCUGCCUCACCCUGCCUGCUGCCCACCCACGCCAGCGCUGGUGCCGGGCUCACAGGGCCAGGGCUGGCCCUCCUGCUGCAGACACAAAGCACAUUACCAUCUGAGGCCUGGGCGAUGAUUUGAAUCCCACCAAGUGCCCAUCACCCUUUUUCAGUUUGCAGGGAAAACAGGACUCCACCCCCACUCGGUACAGUCCUGUGCAAUGGGUCUAAUUGUCACCCCCCACCCCCCCCACCCCCGUGACCGAUGAGGAAGCAGAUUCAGAGAAGCCGAGUAGUUACCAAGGUCCUGCAGCUGCAACAGUCCCCGGCUACCAGGACUCAGGCUCAGGUCUUCUGACUGCCACAUCCUCCGCUUACCUGGGGGACGGUCCUCCCCCGUCCUCUCCCUCCUGGGCCGUUAGCCAGUCUUCAGCAUCUCUGCUGAGCCCUAAGUGCUGUGGGGGAAGGAGGAGCGGGGGCCUCGGCACCCUGUCCUGCGGCCGCAUCCUCCAGAUGGCUCUGAAAUGACCUGUACCACCUAGGGCUUCCACGGAGGUCCCCGCAGCCUGGCCCCGGAACUCCGCUUUUCCCCAGCCUCCGAACGUGGGGGCCAGGCCCUGCCUUCCUCUGGGGGACUGAGGCAAGGCGUCCCUCUUUCCCACACAGCUGAAAGGGGAAGCUCUGAAGGCCCGAAGUGGGAGACGAUCUGUUGUCGAGGGGCCUUGUAUCUGGGUGUACUCUGAGAAUCUUAGCCUUGCCUUUGAGGGCUCUCAUGCAGAGAGGAGCCUCACAGACUCUGUAAGAAACACAUGGAAAUGACAGACUGCAAACUGAGAAGGUUACCUAGAGCCUCGCCCAGUACAGCUUCCUUAUUAGACACAUGGGGAAACUCAGGCUCCACAAGCAGAAGGGGCCUGUACAGGACCCAGCCGGGCUAAGAACCCAGGACCCUGGGAACCUAGCCCCAGGCCUUCUCCGGGCCUGGGCUGUGCAAGUGCAGACUUGGUCCUAAAAAAUGGUCCCAGCUGAUGGCAGCGUCAGGCUGGGAGGUGGGGCUUCUGGACAGCUCGCCCAGGUGGAGGAUGGGGUGCUUGGGCAGAAGGCCUCCCAGGGAGUGACAGAACCUUCACUAGGACCCCUGCACUAUUCAGGACCCCUUGCAGAUUGUAUCUCUGGUAGAGAAAGACUGCUUUGAGAAGCUGCAAUAUAUCAGCUCCACCUUUGACCCCAAACCGGCAUCUUUCCUCUGCUCCCUCAGCCCCACAAAGACAAGGGAUUUGACGCCAAGAGCAAUCCAAAAGAGUCACACCAAAGGCAGGUGUCCUUCACCAGGGAGUCGCCAGAUGCGUCUCCCACGCCCUGCCUAGUCUCAGCCCCAUCCACUGUCACCAGUAGCCCGUCCCCCAAGGGCCCGUCUUCCAACCCUGAAGCGGUAACCUCCUGACCUCUAGUGGCGAGAUCGAGGAACUGCAUCUCCUGGCCCGAGCAUGUCCUCCCUUUGUUCCUUCGCCAACCGAGACAACCUCCCCAUGCAUGGACUGGCUGUCUUCGGCGCAGACUCGUGCACUGCUUCCCACCGUUUGGCUCUCACGUGCCGGCUGCAGAAACCGUCCUUCACCUGCAGCCCCACACACAAUUUUUGUACUUUCGUCUGACCUACCCGAAGGUGUCCUUUUUAAGUCUUAUUUGUUAAUAUUUAUAAUGACAUAUAAUUCAAAGUAAAUGCUCAUUGAGAUCACA